AUGCAGAAGGACUCUGGUCCCUUAGUGCCCUUAUUUUGGAUUGGCUUUGGUUAUGCAGCAUUGGUUGUUUCUGACUGGAUCAUUGGCUAUGCAAAAGCAGGUAGUGUCCUGUCCCUGGUGGCUGCACUCUUCUUCAGUGGCUUAGCAGGCCUGGGUGCCUAUUGGCUGUCUCAGGAUCCAGGAAACAUUUGGGUUUUCUUAGAUACAUCUGGAACCUUGGCUGGCAUUAUGAGAAUGAGAUUCUACCGCUCUGGAAAAUGUAUGCCUGUGGGCUUGGUUGUAGGUGCCAAUUGGCUGAUGGUUGCCAAACUUGGAAUUAGUGUAUUGAGUAAACCCUGUCCAUAG